GGCUCUCUGACGCCGGCAGAUCAAAAUAAACCAGAGACACCGAGAGAGACAGAGAGAGACACCGAGAGAGAGAGACCCAGAGAGACCCAGAGAGACCCAGAGAGACCCAGAGAGACCCAGAGAGACCGAGACCCGAGCAGAAGACGAUGGACAUCCAGACGGGUCAGGUGGUGCGUCCUGUCAGCGCCAUGGAGAACAUGGAGAAGCAGCUGAGCUGCCCCAUCUGCCUGGACAUGUUCACCAAACCCGUGGUGAUCCUGCCCUGCCAGCACAACCUUUGCCGCGGCUGCGCCAACGACCUCUACGAGUCCAGGAACCCCUUCCACUACUCCGGAGGGACCUUCCGCUGCCCCACCUGCCGCUUCGAGGUGGUUCUGGACCGCCACGGCGUGUAUGGGCUGCAGAGGAACCUGCUGGUGGAGAACAUCAUCGACAUCUACAAGCAGCAGCAGGAGAGCAAGGGCGGCGACGGCGAGGACCUCCCGCUGAAGGACAAAGACGCCAAGGAGCCCAAGUGUAAGGAGCACGAGGACGAACGCAUCAACAUCUACUGCGUCAGCUGCCAGACGCCCACCUGCUCCAUGUGCAAGGUGUUCGGGCAGCACAAAGACUGCGAGGUGACGCCGCUGCACGCCGUCUACCAGAGCCAGAAGAACGAGCUGCGCUCGGCGGUGGAGCAGCUGGCCGCGGGAAACGGCUGCAUCCAGGUCGCCGUGACGCAGAUGGACGACAAGUGCAAGCUGAUCCAGGAGAACGGCGAGCUGCAGAGGCGGCGGCUGGGCGAGAGCUUCGACCUGCUGUACGCCAUCCUGGAGGAGCGGAAGGGCGAGCUGCUGGAGCAGAUCGGCGGCGAGGAGCAGAGCAAAGUGGCGGCGCUCAGGACGCUGGCGGAGCAGUACAAGCAGCAGCUGAUGCUCAGCAACCAGCUGCAGGAGAAGCUGACGCAGAGCGUGCAGUCCUGCGGCGCCGCCGAGUUCCUGAUCGCCGCCAAGCAGCUGCAGGAGGAGGCCCGGGAGGCGGCCCGCGGCGCCCAGCUGCAGAGACCCGAGCCGGGCUACGAGAGCAUGGAGCACCUGAGCGUGGACACCCGGGACGCCGAGCUGCUGCUCGCCGCCAUGGACUUCAGACGGGGCGGCGAGGACAAAGACCAGUAAUGGACUGUUUCAGGAUGGAAGACCAGGACGCCGACAGGAAGUAGAAACACAAAGCUGCUUUUCAGAAACUUCAGGUCCUCGCAGAGGAAACGGAGGAAACAGAGGAAACGGAGGGAACGGAGGGAACGGAGGGAACGGAGGAAACGGAGGAAACGGAGGAAACGGAGGGAACGGAGGGAACGGAGGGAACGGAGGGAACGGAGGAAACGGAGGAAACGGAGGGAACGGAGGGAACGGAGGGAACGGAGGGAACGGAGGGAACGGAGGGAACGGAGGAAACGGAGGGAACGGAGGGAACGGAGGGAACGGAGGGAACGGAGGAAACGGAGGGAACGGAGGAAACGGAGGAAACGGAGGGAACGGAGGAAACGGAGGGAACGGAGGGAACGGAGGAAUGAAACGGAGGGAACGGAGUCGUUGAUCUUUCAGGAAGAUUUUGUAUUUUUAUACUUUUCUAUUGUUUGACAGAUUUGAUUGAUCGUGUUUGAUUGACAGAUUUGAUUGACAGAUUUGAUUGGUCGUGUUUGUGAAACUGAAAACUUGAACUUGAUUCCUGUCGUCUGUUGAAGGUGUGAAUAAAGGUUCGUUAACUUUG